AUGUCUGAUUAUGCGGAUUUGUUGGGCGUGGAUGCUUCUGCCAAAAAGAAGUCAACCCUCGUGGAUCAGAUACUUUCUCCGAAAUCAAGCACAGUGUUGAAAGGAAAGCAAAAAGAUGCUACUCAUUCUUUGGCAAUUACAUCAACUCCUCUUCGUUCUCCUUCAUUGGAAACACCUCGGAGACAAUCAGCAAAACGUAAAAUUAUUCAAACAACAGACAAGUGGAGAUGGAAAGCUUUUUUGAAUAAUGCUAGAGAUGAUGGAACCGUUUUAUUUCAUUGGACUCGAGUGGAUGAUGACGAUGAUGAGCAAGUGGCUCCAAAUUACCCUUUUGAAAUCUUGAAUAAGAAAACUAGAGUUUUUAGCUAUGACGAUGAUGAAUAUAAAGAAAUAAUAGAGCCGUUGCAUAAGAAUGAAAAUUGGAGUCGAGAGGAGACAGAUCUGUUAUUUUCAUUGUGUCAACAAUAUGAUUUACGGUUUAUGGUCAUACACGACCGAUUUUGUACAAGUGAACUCAAGACACAACACUCACCUGUUCCACCCCGAUCUGUGGAGGAUUUAAAAAAGAGAUAUUAUGAAAUUUCAAAAGCUUUGUUACAACACCGAGCUAAAAAACGAUCCAUUCCAAACGAAAAAUUGAAAAAGCAUCCUCUCAUGGCAGUUGAGUAUGAUUACGAUUACGAGACGAGGCGAAAACAAAAUCUAGAAAUGCUAUACUCACGAUCCUCCGAAGCAGAAAAAAGAGAAAACGAAUUGAGAGAACAAUUAAAGAAAAUUGAGGCCAUUAAAAAAAAGAGAAAUGAAGAAGAACAGCAAUUAAUUAGACAAAAACAAAAAGAAGAAAAAGAACGACUCAGACUUGAAACAAUCAAGACAGAAAAGCAACGAUUACUUGAAGAAAAACUACGAUUGGCUUCUACACCAGCUGUAUUGACAACUAUGGAAGAGAUUGAAGAACAAGAUGAAACAGAGGCUGAACAAGAAAUCAACAAGUUUGAUGCUUCAUUAUUUGCAAAUUUGACACCAGGAGUUUACUCGAGAAGAGAGUUAAUGAAUUAUGAUGACUAUCUCUAUCACGCAACAAUUUUAACAAAGCUAGGUUUUGACGUCAACACUCUCAUGCCAACAAGGCGUGUGCAUGAGGCGUUUGAGACGACCGUGUUGCCCCUUCUUGAAAAAUACAUUUCUCUAUUCGGAAAGCCAAAUGUUGAUGAGUAUGAGUACUCGGACACUACACUACUGCCAGCUCAAGAAGUGCCAGUGGCAGAGUCUUCGAAUGCCUCUGACUCGAAAAAGAAACGAAAAAAGCAAUCAGGUUCAUCUGAAAAAGAGUCCACCCAAAAAAAGAAAAAGAAAAAGUAA